UCAACUCUUGUGAAUUUCUGGUCAUUGCUGGAUUGGCGUUGGCGUUUUGCAUAUGCCUUUACACACAAUUUUACAAUAUAUAUUUUAAGAAAACGUAAUUGCUAAUUGUAAUUGAUAAGCUAACAAUAAUUGGCGAUGCUAAAUUACUUUUGGUAUCCCAAACAAAGCUCAAAAUAACCCUGUGGUGAGCUUUUAAUUUGAAAGAGUUGCAAUCAGCAAAUCCCUUCGGAACAGGAAUUCUUUUCGGCGGUUUCAGCGCUUCCUGGAUCCUCCGACCGUGGAGUGGAGAGGUUGUUAUGUAAGCCCCCUGGAAACUUUACUAAAUCAGAAGGCUGUAGCUAAGGACAUUAUUGACGUGCCUGACUGGGUGGAGCCAUGGCCAGCGGGGGUGGAGAUGACCCCUUAAAGCCCGACCAGAAUGAGAAAAAUGGAGACUCGUUGCCCCCGGAUACCGAAGAGCACGUGGUGCAGGAGAGCGAGGAGGUCUUCUGCAGCUACGUCUUUUACCGCUACAACCAGGCCGUGCAGGAGGGCGAGGACGAGCUCCCCUCCGACCCCGAGAUCCUGGCUCUACAGCCCAACAAGAACAGUCAGAUGUGUCGUGUUGGGCAGCAGUUGGCGAUUAUCGGAGAUGACAUCAACAGGCGCUAUGACCUGAACUUUAUGCAAAUGCUGUCCGAGCUGCAAGUGACCCCAGAAAAUGCUUACAACUUUUUCUGCAAGAUCGCCGAACGCCUGUUCGACUCUGAGAUUAACUGGGGGCGCGUGAUUGCCCUGCUGAGUUUCGGGUACCGCAUGGCACUGCACGUGUUCAAGAACGGCAUGACGGGCUUCCUGUCCCGCAUCGCACGAUUCAUCGGAGACUUCCUGCUGAGGAACCGCAUCGCACAGUGGAUCGCACAGCAAGGGGGCUGGAUUGCUGUUCUGGAGCUGGAUAACGUCUAUGUGAAGUACAUGCUCAUGCUGCUUGCAGCUCUGCUCCUGGGCCAGUUCGUCGUCAGGCGGUUUUUCAGUUCCUGAUGGCGCUCACAGCUGGCAUGUUGUUCACCUUUGACCCCAAAUAAAGCUCAGGGAUCGCUGCCCCAUCACUGAAAUGUGAGACAAGACAUGAGAGGAGGACUGGAGGGGUGGAGAGUGGACACUUCAACCGCAGAUCUUUUUUUCUUUCUUUUUUAAAAUAAUUAUGUCACUCCGUGUAAAUACUGCAUCUUCCCUUCAGCGCUCCCAAUGGCCCUGUUUUUCCAGGACACAAAUGGAUUCCAUACAUUAGUAUGUUUUUUUGUUUUUGUUUUUUAAUAGAAUAACAGUCCCUGUGUCCCAAAGUUAUAGAAACCUUUAAGUGACCUGUGAAGGAACUGAACCCCCAUCAUACUUCACUCAGAAUUGCCUUUUAAGUCACCCAUUAACUCAAUAAAAAUAAUAAUAAGGAAAAUAUUUUAUUUCAAUGCUGAAUUCUGAAGAAACACCACUUUGUUUUCCAGAAUAGAAAAUACUGCCCUGUAAUGACAGAAAUAUCUGACUCGGUCAGUCCAAACAAAUUGACAGAUCUAGUGGCCCUCUCUCAACAAGCAGGUUUAAAUCAGACUGAACCCUCAGUGUAAUGCACACACUUUCUCUGAGCCUGCAAACAAGUGGGUGUUGGCUGUAGAGUGUGUCCAACUUGGCCUCUCUUCUUUGGCUUGUGUUCUUUUGUUCAUUCUGAUGUACCUUAAACUUAAGAUAUGUUAACUUAUUUGUGGAUGAUUAGAGAUCCAUUGUCUGACUACUGUUAAAACGGCCAUUUUGAUUUCUUUUUCUGUAUCAUGUAGCAGCUGACCAUUGAGGCCUCAUUUUAGAUAGCCACAUUAAAAGGAUUUGGUAGGCUUCUCUGUUAAGUCAAGUUCAGGUGUGAUGAUGUCUAGUCCCCACCCCCUUUUUUAGUUUGACUUUGAUCUGUCGAUUUUAAAAAGACAGUCUGUCACUGGAACAACACAAGAUGUUUCAAAAAUCUCAGGUUUUUGUCUAAAGAGAGAUUGAUGCAAAAACAUGUUCAGUCUUUAAUAACUUUUUUAAUCUACUUUGAUACAAUCAGCCAAAUCAGAAAACCACUACUGAUGCCCAGAUAUGAUUGGAUAAGGAUACUGAGGUGCUUUUGAACUUGUUAGAAUGUGUAAUAUUGACUUGGACCACCUUGAUGCAAUAAUUCUGUGAAUAAAUACGGUUGUGGACAGUCA